AUGGAGUCUAAGGGAUCCAUUUUGCUCAAGCUUCUGCUGCUGCUGCAGUAUUUGUCACUUCUCUGUGCUGCACAGGAUUUUGAUUUCUUCUACUUUGUUCAGCAGUGGCCUGGAUCAUACUGUGACACAGAGAAGAGUUGUUGCUACCCCACAAGUGGAAAGCCUGAUGCAGAUUUUGGGAUCCAUGGUCUGUGGCCUAAUUACAAUGAUGGCUCAUACCCUUCUAACUGUGAUCCUAACAACCCUUUCAACCCAUCUCAGAUAUCUGAUCUGACUAGUAGUUUGCAAAGUAAUUGGCCCACACUUGCAUGUCCAAGUGGGGAUGGGAUAACAUUCUGGAGCCAUGAAUGGAACAAACAUGGCACUUGUUCAGAGUCACUCCUCAAACAACAUGACUAUUUUGAAGCAGCUCUCAGUCUUAGACAAAAAGCCAACCUCCUCCAAGCACUUAAAACUGCAGGAAUAGAACCAAGUGGGGGAUCCUACAGCUUGAGCAGCAUAAAAGGGGCUAUAAAGGAUGCAAUUGGGUACACUCCAUUCAUUGAGUGCAAUGUGGACUCAUCUGGGAACAGCCAGUUAUACCAAGUUUACCUGUGCGUCAACACUUCUGCCUCAGACUUCAUUGAGUGCCCUGUGUUCCCCGGUGGAAAAUGUGGCUCAGACAUUCAGUUCCCAUCUUUUUAG